AUGAAGCUCUGCUAUCUUGGCGAGGCUGCGGCGCUGCUGCUGAGCCACAGCUCGCUAGCAAGAGCAGCGCUGCCCAGCAACACCACCUCAUGGCAGCAAUAUGUGUAUGCGCCGUCGGAGAGGCGUCUCACGCCCGUCGCGGUGCUGUCAACCACGGGUAACGUGACCAACGCCGAGGCGCUGGUGUCUGGCUCUGGCAUCGCAACCUUCAACCGCACGGCCGUGCAGACCUCGUUCCCCUCGUGGCCAUCAGGCACCACGGCGCAGGCGUCCUCAGAGGCCGGGUCCAACACAGUCAAUGGCGCAACACGCACGUACUAUGCCAACAAUGCGAUUGACGGCGACCUGACCACCUUCUGGAACGAUGCCACGGCUGGCGAAUACCCGGACACGCUGACCAUCACGGCGCCGUCCGCCGUCACGCUGGACGGCGUCACGCUCGAGAGCGUGUCGGACGGGGUGCCUGUUGACUACACGAUCGAGACGUGGGAUGGGUCCAACUGGAACACGGCCGGCUCGGUCACAGGCAACAAUGGCACGCGGUCGCGCGUCGCUUUCGACUCCCAGAUCUCAACCACCCAGGUGCGUCUGACGGUGACCCAGGCCCAGUCGCUCGGGAACGGUGAGUACUCGCGCGUGGCCGAGCUGUGGCCGGGGCUGGUGGCCGAUGAUUCGGUAGCAGAGGCCGUGCUGGAUUUUGGCCAGAACGUCGUGGGCUUUCUCAGCAUUGAGUUUGUUGGUGCCUCCAACAACGCGCCGGGCAUCGAGCUCGCCUUUUCCGAGAGUCUCGAGUACCUGACAGACACGUCGGACUUCACCCGGUCAGACAAUGGGGACAAGAUCACCCAGGGCACCGACCACAUCGCCGUGCCCGAGGCGCCCACCAACUGGACCGAUGCCCUAGGCUGCACGUACAACGGGGAGCAGGUGUGCUCAGACGGUCUGCACGGCUUCCGCUACCUGAAGAUCAGCAUCGACACGCUGGCGUCGGACGACAAGUACAGCACGCCGUCCGGCUGGGUCGACAUCGCCUCGGUCUCGCUCAACUUCACCGCGUAUCUGGGCACACCAGCCAGCUACAGUGGCUGGUUCGAGUCGUCGGACACGGCACUGAAUCAGUACUGGUAUGCGGCCGCGUACACCAACGAGAUGACCAUCGACACCUUCCUGCUCGACACGGUUGACGUGCGCAACACGGGCAACCAGACGCUGGAGGGCAAGACGGUGCUGUUUGACGGCUCCAAGCGCGACCGCGACCCCUAUGUGGGUGAUAUUGCCGUCUCGGGUAAGACUUCGUACCUGUCGCACCAGGACACCGCGGGCGCCGUCUACAAUGUGCUGGCCGAUCUGGGCGAUCACCAGAGCUCGAACGGCUGGAUCCCGCCCGCCUCGCUCUUCAACUACGGCGUGAACCUGUUUGACUACCCGUUCUGGUGGGUGGUCAGCUUCUGGGACUACAUCCUGUACACUGGCGAUGUCGACCCGGUGCGGCCGUACUACGGCAACCUGCAGAACCUGCUGGACAACUGGGUGCCCACUGUGACCGACAGCGCCACGGGCUUGCUGAACAAGAGCGACAGUCAGGGCUGGGGCGAUUACGGCUUCCUGUCGCGCUACGGCAUUGUCACCUACUACAAUGCGCUGUACGUGCUCGCGCUGCAGGACGCGGCCAAGAUCGCGAACCUGCUCAACGAGACCAGCGAUGCUGAGAAAUGGCUACAGCAGGCCGACACCAUCUCGCAGGCGAUAAACGACAACCUGUGGGACGCUAGCGUGGGCGCCUACGUCGACGAGCUCGGCGGCACACGGCACGCGCAGGACGGCAACGGCAUUGCGGUGAUCGCGGGCAUCGCCAACAGCACCCAGGCAGCGUCAGCGCUGGGCUAUCUGGCCGACAACACGGCCAAGUUCUGGGGCAACGCCUUUAUGGACGACGACUCGUUGGGCAGCGGCACAUCAGACCGGGUGUACGCGUUCAUCUCGUACUUUGACCUGGACGCGCGCUUCCUGAUCGGUGACUCAGACUCGGCACUGGACGAAAUCCACCGGCUGUACGGCACGAUGAUCCAGAGCGACCCGGGCAUCACCUUCUGGGAAGGGGUCGGCACCAAUGGCAGCGCGUACGAACAAGCCUUCACCUCGCGCUGCCACGGAUGGUCGACAGGCGUGUUGCCGGUGCUCACUCACUACGUGUUGGGCCUCAAGGCCACGGGGCCUGGCUACGAGACCUUCUCGAUCCAGCCGGCCUUCCCGACGAACCUGACCUGGGCGCGCGGCCAGGAGGCCACGCCGCACGGCGAUAUCUAUCUCGAGUGGACAGCCGACGACGACAACACGCGCACCAUCACCUUUUCCUCGCCCGCCGGCACCCUGGCCAACGUGACUGUGCCCAAGGCCAGCUCGGUCUCGCUUGAUGGGGACGUGCUGUGGUCGUCUUCGAACCAGACCAGCGGCGGCGACGGCGUCGCUGUGGGGGAUAAUUUUGUGACUCUCAUCGAUGUCGCGUCGGGCAACCACACGGUUGUAUCCAAGUGA